AUGUCUGACCACGGAUCGGAAGCUAGUAAUGCCCACGUCAACCUUCCACCUCCACCGCAACCUAGGCGUCCACCGGAUUAUGAUACGUUCCGGAAGAGGAAGGUAGAGGAUUUCUAUGGGGAUCGUUCGACGGAUCCCAUGGAGAUUGAUUUGUGGCUGUCAAAAGUCACUCGCACUUUACAGGAGAUGCGAGCAGAUGACGAGGACAAAGUGUUGCUGACAGUGUCCCUACUGCAGGGUGCUGCUUACAACUGGUGGGCUACACUGCCAGCCAGUCGGGAGGAUCCACCAGCCAUCACUUGGCCAGGUUUUGUGCAACUGUUCAAAGACCACUACAUACCAAUGUCCUAUCGGACCGAGCAGCAGAGGGAAUUCCUUAUGAUCAGGCAAAAGUGGGGAAGUGAAAAGAGAGAGACAGUGGCGGAGUACACAUCUCGGUUUGAUAAACUUCUCCCUUAUGGCGGGCCACAGUUCCAGGAUGCUGGGAUUCAACGCAGUCACUACCUAGAGAGCCUGAAGCCUACCCUUAGGAGGGACCUGAGUGCACAUGUAUGGAAUAGUAGAGAGGAGAUUUAUCAGGCAGCCCUCCGAGUGGAGAGGGUAGAACAGAGCUUGUACGAAGAAAGGGUACAACGAGAUGGUCAUAAGAGAAAGGCUAUGAGCUUCACAGAGGGACCGAGCCAGAUGAGUCAGACCAGGAGGAGGCCGAAUGGUUCACCCAGUUAUGGAGGCACUCAAAGUCGGGCUGGUUCGACUAAGCCGGGUCCGACCUGUAGUAACAGGGGUCCUUGCAACCAGUGUGGGAAGAUUCAUCCAGGAGAAUGCAAGCUGCACUUAGGGGUCUGUUUCCACUGCAACGAGCCAGGCCAUUUCGCCAGAGAAUGCCCUAAGAAGGGAGGGCAAGGGAGGACUCAGUCUGAACAGUCUGUUCGUGGCGGAGGAGGCACAACUCACACCGGGUACCAGUUUGGCAAUCAGCCAAACCGAUCUUUCAACAACAAUGGAGGAAAUGUUGGGCGGUCCAUCCGUAAUGAUAGGGGCCAGGGGUCUCAAACAGCUGGGCAACCAAGGAUCUUUGCCAUGAGGAGAGAAGAGGCUGAUGCUGCACCUGAAGUGGUGACGGGUAUGAUUACUCUUUACCGACAUUCAGCUUUUGUGCUCAUUGAUUCUGGUUCUACGCAUUCAUUUAUCUCUACAAAGUUUGCUAGAAACUUAAGAAUACCAUCAGUGAAGUUGGGUCAGAACUUAGGAGUGAGAACCCCGGUAGGGGAUACGUUGAUAGUGGAUUCCGUCAUUAGGAAUUGCACUAUCACAGUGGCUGGUUACGAGUUCGAAGCAAAUCUGAUCAUACUACCGUUUGACGAGUUUGACGUCAUACUGGGUAUGGAUUGGCUGUCCAAGAACCGAGCAAGGGUGGAUUGUUACAAGAAGGAGGUUAGCCUUGAAAUUGAGGGCAAGGGCAUGGCAUUAUUCAAGGGUACUAGAAAGCUGAUUCCAGGAGGCUUAAUCUCUGCGAUGAAGGCGUUCUCAUUGAUCCAAAAAGGAUGUGAAGCCUACUUGGCCCAUAUCAAGGUGGUGCAUGAGAAGAAAAUAGAAGAUGUACCUAUUGUGAGAGAAUACCCCGAGGUAUUCCCCGAAGAUCUUCCUGGAUUACCGCCGCAACGGGAGGUAGAGUUUGAUAUUGAAGUGGUUCCUGGUACAGCACCAAUAUCCAUUCCUCCAUACCGCAUGGCACCAGUGGAGUUGAAGGAGCUGAAGGAGCAGUUAGAAGAGCUAUUGGAGAAGGGUUUCAUCCGCCCUAGCGUAUCACCGUGGGGAGCACCAGUGUUGUUCGUAAAGAAGAAGGAUGGCAGUAUGAGACUGUGCAUCGACUAUAGGAAGUUGAACAAGGCAACCAUCAAAAAUCGUUAUCCUCUGCCAAGGAUAGACGAUCUCUUCGACCAGUUACAAGGAGCAAAAGUGUUCUCAAAAAUUGAUCUGAGGUCUGGAUACCAUCAAUUGAGGGUAGCAGAUGGAUCCAUACCUAAGACGGCAUUUCGCACACGAUAUGGUCACUACGAGUUCUUGGUCAUGCCGUUCGGUUUAACUAAUGCACCGGCAGCUUUCAUGGCUUUGAUGAACCGAGUUCUUCAUGAAUAUCUAGAUAAGUUUGUCAUCGUCUUCAUUGAUGACAUUCUCAUCUACUCUAAGAGCGAGAAAGAUCAUGAAGAGCACUUAACGGUGGUGUUACAGAAACUGAAGGAGGAAGAGUUGUAUGCCAAGUUCUCUAAAUGCGAUUUCUGGCUAGACGAAGUCCUAUUCCUGGGGCAUAUGAUCUCUGGUCGUGGAGUUGAAGUGGAUCCCAAGAAGAUUGAAGCUGUGACGAACUGGGUUCCACCAAAGAACGUUUCCGAAGUACGGAGUUUUCUGGGUUUAGCUGGGUACUACCGAAGAUUUGUAGAAGGCUUCUCCAUUAUUGCAAGACCCAUGACUCAAUUGUUGCAGAAGGGGAAGGCAUUUGUAUGGGACGAGAAGUGUCAAGCUGCAUUCGAGUUGCUGAAGAAGAAAUUGACGUCUGCACCAGUGUUGGCACUACCAACAAGCGAUGGGGAGUAUUCCAUCUAUAGCGAUGCUUCUUAUCAAGGGUUGGGUUGCGUGCUGAUGCAAGAUAAAAAGGUGAUCGCCUACGCUUCGAGGCAACUACGACCCCACGAGGUGAACUACCCCACCCAUGAUUUGGAGUUGGCAGCUGUGGUAUUCGCCUUAAAGCUAUGGAGACACUAUCUCUACGGCGAGACUUUCACCAUAUUUACUGAUCACAAAAGUCACCAACACUUAACUGAUCAGAAGGAGUUGAACAUGAGACAGAGGAGGUGGAUGGAGCUGUUAAGCGAUUAUGAUUGUACUAUUAAGUACCAUCCAGGAAAGGCAAAUGUGGUAGCUGAUGCAUUGAGUAGGAAGAGAGAGAGUCCUUUACUCGAAUUGGUCUCUUUGAGGGCCAUGAACGUGGAAUUGGAAUUAGAAGAAGUGACGAAGCUGUUAGCAACCUUGAAGGUUCGCCCUAUGUUACAGGAACGUAUCGAGGAGAAGCAGGGUGAAGAUACAGAAUUGGGAAAGUAUAAGAAACGGGUGUUAGAAGGGAAGGACACCAAAUUUGAAUUGGUAGAUGGUGUACUGAUGUAUCAAGGAAGAUUAUGUGUGCCGGAUGUCGACAAACUAAGAAAGGACAUUCUAGACGAGGCCCACUCUGCACCUUAUGCGAUGCACCCUGGUGCCACAAAAAUGUAUCGUACCCUCAAGGAGCAUUUUUGGUGGCCAGGAUUGAAGAAGGAUGUAGCAGCACAUGUUUAUCAGUGCUUGGAGUGUCAAAUGAUUAAGGCUGAGCAUCAAGCCCCGGUCAUUGAACACUUACCGUUAGAAAUUCCACAAUGGACUUGGGAGAAGAUCACUAUGGACUUUGUGUAUGGAUUGCCGAGGACCCCAAAGGGAAAUGACGGAGUAUGGGUAAUUGUAGACCGAUUCUCAAAGGUGGCUCAUUUUAUACCAAUCAAGUUCAAGCCAGGGCUGGAAGAACUGGCUAGACUGUAUGUGAGAGAGAUAGUAAGGCUACAUGGAGUUCCACUUAGCAUCGUGUCAGAUCGCGAUCCUAGCUUCACGGCACGAUUCUGGGUAAGUCUUCAGAAGGCUAUGGGCACUAAGGUGCAUUUCUCUACUGCAUAUCACCCCCAGACUGAUGGACAGUCAGAGAGGACCAUUCAAACGUUGGAAGACCUGCUGAGAGCGUGUGUCUUGACGAUGGAGGGAGCUUGGGACGAGCAUUUGCCCCUAAUGGAGUUUGCUUACAAUAACCAGUAUCACAGCUCGAUACAAGCAGCUCCAUAUGAGGUAUUGUAUGGGAGAAAAUGUCGCACACCACUAUACUGGGAUGAAGAAGGAGUACGACAACUAGAAGGUCCGGAUAUGGUACAGAAGGCAGUGGAAAAGGUGGAGGCAAUUCGUCGAAACUUGAAGGUGGCCCAGGACCGGCAGAAAAGUAAUGCUCAGAGGCCAGGAAACCCACGCAUUCAUGAAGUGGGUGAUAUGGUAUUUCUGAGGGUGUCUCCUUGGAAGGGAGUAAUGAGAUUCGGCAAAAAGGGAAAGCUUAGUUCGAGGUAUAUCGGGCCAUACGAGGUGUUGGAGCGUGUGGGACCCUUAGCAUAUCGACUAGCUUUACCUCCUAGCCUAUCUAGGAUUCACGAUGUCUUCCAUGUAAGCAUGCUGAGGGCGUAUCGAUCUAACCCUGAACACGUGAUCAGGCAUGAGGACAUCCAGUUGGAGGACGAUUUGACUUACGAGGAAACCCCAGUCAAGAUCGUGGAUAAACAGGAAAAGAGAUUGAGAAAAAAGAAAAUUGUAAUGGUGAAGGUGAUAUGGAGGAACCAGGGCAACGAGCCUGCGACUUGGGAGACAGAAACUAGCAUGCGAGAGAAGUACCCGGAAUUGCUUAAUGAUGAUUAG